AUGCCCCGCAAACUCAGGGCGGCUGCGCAAGCAGCAGCCAAAUCCAUGAAAAAUGCGCCUCAAUUGCCUGAAAUAUCGGACGAAGAGAUGGGCGAUGCUCCAGCCUCACAGCCAUCGUCGCCUGUGAUCGACCCCCCUUCACCGGAGAAUGACCCCGACGUGGAUCCAGAAGUCGACGACGAAGAUGAAGAAGCCCAAUCGGGAACCCCCGUGGACACCAAGGGCGACGAAGCAGGAAGUGCCGAGACCCCUGCAGCAGAAGAUGCCUCCGUCCUGGAAGAAGCAGGGACCCCAGCGUUCUCAGGCGGCCGUCAAUCGGCCAUUCCGCGGAAACGCCGUAUCGGUCGGCCGCCCAAGAACCGGCCUCCCGACUGGGAUGCUCCUGACGGCCCUGACACCCCCAUCCGUGUGACGACUCCCGUCAAGCGUCGCCGGGGGCGUCCUGCGGCUAGCGGUGGUCGGUGGUCGCGAGGCCGCGGCGGUGCUCAGAAUACUCAGAUCCCAGUGGACAAGGAAGGAAACUUGAUGGAUGUGGUGAACGACGAAGUCUCGUUGCCUCCCAACCCCGUAGGCGACACGAAGGUCGAUGAGAAUGGCCACCUGCAAGGUGGACGGGAAUACCGAGUCCGCACCUUCACCAUCCUUAACCGCGGCGAUCGUCUGUACAUGUUGUCCACCGAGCCUGCACGAUGCAUUGGUUUCCGGGAUUCGUACCUCUUUUUCCAAAAACACAAGAUGCUGUACAAGAUCAUUAUCGAUGACGACGCCAAGCGUGACCUGAUCGAGCGUGAUAUCAUCCUCUCACUCUUACAAGGGUCGUGCCAUCGGUGUUUCUUCCGUGAAUUCGGAGCCAAGAUUGUUGUGGCCGGCAAAAAGAUCCUGGACGACUAUGAUGAAGAUGCCGCGCGCGAGCGUGGCGAUGUAGAAGGGGAGCUUGCUGUCCCUGAAGACAAGCUCCCCGGGCCUGGAGAAGAAUAUAACCGCAACCAAUACGUGGCAUGGCACGGAGCCAGCAGUGUCUAUCACACCAACGCCCCUCGGUGCCUAUGGCUGGUGGAAAGCCCGCUGAUCCCAAAAAGCGACGUGUUCCCGUCACCGAUGACAAUUGGAUGCUUGAGCAUGCCCGUGCAGCAAGGUUAUGCUUUCAACUCCAAGCUGGCUGAAUUGCGAAAGGCUACCAUGAAUGGAACCUACGAUGUCCACACCAAUGCCAUUCACUAUCCACGGAUUAUGCAACCGACUCACGUUCGCUAUGAACGGGUUUCGCCUCCCGACUCCCGCAGCACCGCCGAAUUGAUGGACGACAUGUCUUCUCUGAGUAUUGGCAGCAAAGGCCCUCACUUCACCCAAGUGGACCCAACCUCCCAAUCCCAAAAUGCUGCACGCCCAAACAACGAGCCGAGCACUCCCAAUGAGACUACUGAGGAGCAAGCUGGCAACAUCUUCCCUCCCGUUCCCAUCUCCGUGUCGAGCAAGUAUACAUCAUCUACGAAUCUCCCCCCGUAUUCGAACAUGGGUCUGCCGGGCCCAGACGGCGAUCUGCGAAGUCUGGGCCCUAAUGGCCUUGUUAGCAUCGCCAACCCACGCCACGUGGAAUUCAUGAACCCUGAAAUCAUCGCCAUGCUCCCGGAAGACUGCAAGGAAGCUCUGCUUGACGCAGCCGCGAACGAAGUGGAAUGGAAGUCGCGCUGGUCGACGGAGAGCGAAGACUGCGCGCGUUCGCGUCCGCUCAAGAGCUACGCCUGGUUCUCGUGA